ACGUGUCAUGAAUAACAGAAAGAACUAAAAAUAAACUAAUUUAUAUGAAUAAAACAUAGGAAUAAAACUAGAAAAACAUAAAAUGCAUCACGUAAUGGCGUGCUACGGCAAAAAAUCGACAUUGAACGUCAGCGGCAGAGUCAACAACUCUAGAUUGGACAGUAAACGUGUCAAUUUCUGUACAGACUUCGACAAAUCUAUCGUAAUUAAUAGCUUCGUAAGACGAGGGUGGAAGCAAGUAAGUCCUAGCGAAGAUUGGAACAUAUAUUGGGCCAAUACAUUGAACUGUCGAAAUAUAUUUAACUUAGACAGUGGGUGCCGGCUCAGCGACCACCAAUUGAUAAAUCACUUUCCCAACCACUACGAGUUGGUUCGCAAAGAUUUGCUUGUGAAGAAUAUUAAACGGUACAGAAAAGAUUUGGAAAAGGACUGUAACCCGCUUGCUAGUAAAACUGAAUUCAAGCUUGCAAAUGGACAAGCAGUCAACCGAUACACGUACCUCGAUUUCAUCCCUGUGACAUUUGUUUUACCCUCAGACUACAACAUGUUUGUCGAGGAAUUCCGAAGAUGUCCCCAAAGCACGUGGAUUUUGAAACCGUGUGGAAAAUCCCAGGGCGCCGGCAUUUUCCUCAUAAACAAACUGUCGAAACUCAAGAAAUGGUCGCGCGAAUCGAAAAAAUAUUUGCAGCAUCAACUCACCAGCAGGGACACGUAUGUUAUAUCACGCUACAUAGAUAAUCCCCUUUUGAUCGGAGGAAAGAAAUUCGAUUUGAGGAUUUACGUUCUUGUUACUUCUUUCCGACCUUUAAAGGCUUAUAUGUUUCGGAACGGAUUUUGCAGAUUUUGCACAAUGAAGUACGAUACAAGUGUCACUGAGCUCGACAAUAUGUACGUUCACCUAACGAAUGUGAGCGUGCAAAAACACGGAGGGGAUUACAACAGCCUACACGGGGGGAAGCUGGGUAUAAAUAAUUUAAAGCUCUAUUUGGAAGGGACGCGGGGGAGGCAAGUCACCGACCGGUUAUUUGAGGAGAUACAGUGGCUGAUAGUCCAUUCAUUGAAGGCCGUGGCCUCUGUGAUGUCGAACGACCGUCAUUGUUUUGAGUGCUACGGGUACGACAUAAUCAUUGAUGACAAUCUGAAACCGUGGCUUAUAGAGGUGAAUGCCUCUCCCUCGAUGACGGCGACGACAGUCAACGAUAGGAUUCUGAAAUAUAAGCUCAUUGACAAUCUUUUGUCAGUCGUAUUACCGCCGGAUGGGAUUCCAGACGCUCGUUGGAAUAAAACGCCCACUCCGGAGGCUUUGGGAGAUUUCAAAAUACUCAUCGACGAAGAUUCCAUGUACAAAGGGGAUUUGGAGCUUUUACAACGUGAAAGUAAAAUAUGUAACAAGUUUAAAAAACCGCAAAAUACCUAUAAUUAGAUUUAGAAACGUUUUGUUUGUUAAAUAAACGUAAUUGUUUUAAA